AUUAGGGUUUAUAUUUUAAAAUAAAUUUGUUGGAUUAGGCAUAGAAACCUAUCAAAGCUUCACCGGCACAAAGUUAUCGGAUAUUUCUUGCUCCACUGUCUUCGACUUCGCUGAAGCGCACUGAUUCGACGUUACUCUAAUUGAACAAAUUGCGUCUAAUCGACCUCUCUCUGCUUCUCGGAUUUGAGUUUGAGCUCUUGCAAGUUGCCGCACUGAGUCAGGUGAGCCUUACCUCGCUCUUAUUUUUCAUCUUUGUUCAUGUUUCUCCUUUCAAGGCGUUUCGAUUUUCUUUAGAUCCAAUUUGUUUCGAUAUUCAAGAACGGUUCGCCGAGGGAGGGGGUAUUGAAGGCGCCUUUUCUUUUUAAUAAUUGAUUCUGUAACUUCUUAAAGUAUGGCUAGAAGAUACAAUGAAUCGAGUGGCGAUGAUUCGAGAGAUGAGAGUGGGGAACAUGGUAAUCGUCGCAAAAGGUAUUCUAGGUCAGAUAGGGAAAGGGGAAGACGAGAAAGAGGAAGAGAAAGAGAACAUGGCGAUAAGAAUGGGGAGAAGAGGCAGAGGGAAAAUUCUGGAUCUUUUGGAGAAGAAGAAGACAAGCGUGCUAAUAGAGAUAGGAGCGAAGAAAGUGAGAGAAUUCAUGCUGAUAAUGGUGGUAAGGAUAGGCAGAGAGAAAAACGUCCUAGAUCCUCUGAUGAAGAAGAUGGCAAGCAUUCCUAUAGAGAUAGAAGGCGUAAAAGAGAGAGAAUUCAUGACGGUGAUGAUGAUGGUAAGGAUAGGCGGAGAGAAGAAGGUUCAAGAUCUUCUGAUGAAGAAGAUGACAAGCCUUCCUUUAGAGAUAGAAGGCAUGAAAGAGAUAGAAUUCGUGAUGGUGAAAAUGAUUCCAAGGCUAGGCGGAAAGAUGCACAGGAGGAAAGUUCUGAAUCUUCUGAUAAGUCAGAAGAAGAGAGGCGAGCCAAGAGGGACAGGAGUGGAAAAAGGGAUAGACGUCAUAGGCAUGACACUGGACAUAGGGAUCGGCAUAAUGAUAAGCAACGGGAGGAAGAUAGGUAUAGAAAUAGGGACCGGUGGCGUCAUUCACGGCAUGAUUCUGAUGAUGAUGAUGAUCGCGGAAGAAGGUCCCAUAGAAAUACAGAACGUGAGAAUAGAAGUCAAAGGAGAGACAAUGAUAAUCAGCCAAGCCGUAGAGACAGAGAUGAUAAUAGCUUUAAGGAGAAAGAGGAAGGAGAAAUCAAGCAGAAACAACCAGCUUUUCAGCAAACCAACUUGAAUGGUGAUACCUCGAAUUUAGGUAGGAGUGGAGGAGUUUACAUUCCUCCAUUUAAAUUAGCUAGAAUGAUGAAAGAGACACAGGAUAAGAGCAGUGUUGAGUAUCAGCGAUUAACAUGGGAUGCCCUCAGAAAAAGUAUCAAUGGUCUUGUUAACAAAGUAAAUGCUACUAAUAUCAAGAAUAUUAUUCCAGAACUCUUUGCUGAAAAUCUUAUUCGAGGAAGAGGUCUCUUUUGUCGUUCGUGCAUGAAAUCUCAGAUGGCAUCUCCAGGUUUCACUGAUGUUUUUGCUGCACUGGUGGCUGUUGUUAACACCAAGUUUCCUGAGGUGGGGGAGCUAUUGUUGAGAAGGAUUGUUUUGCAGCUUAAGAGAGCAUAUAAGCGGAAUGACAAGCCUCAAUUAUUGGCAGCUGUUAAAUUUGUAGCUCAUCUUGUGAACCAACAGGUGGCUCACGAGAUUAUUGCUUUGGAACUACUCACUGUUUUGCUGGAAAAUCCUACUGAUGACAGUGUUGAGGUAGCUGUUGGUUUUGUUACUGAAUGUGGUUCCUUACUUCAGGAUCUUUCACCAAAAGGCCUACAUGGUAUUUUUGAGCGUUUUCGGGGGAUUCUUCAUGAGGGAGAGAUAGAUAAACGUGUUCAAUUUCUUAUAGAGGGCUUAUUUGCUAUAAGGAAAGCAAAGUUUCAGGGUUAUCCUGCCGUUCGUCCAGAACUAGACCUUGUUGAGCAGGAGGACCAAUUAACUCAUGAGAUCUCUCUCCAAGAUGAGAUAGAUCCGGAGAUCACCCUUGACAUUUUUAAACCAGAUCCUCAAUUCUUGGAGAACGAAAAGCGCUAUGAAGAGUUGAAGAAAACCAUCCUUGGUGAGGACUCCGAGGAUGAAGAGGGUUCAGAUGCAGGUUCAGGUGAUGAGGAGGAUGAUGAGGAUGACGAUGAAUCUGAUGAGGAAGAUGAAGAGCAGAUGAAAAUACAAGAUGAGACGGAGACAAACCUUAUAAAUCUCCGGAGGACAAUCUACCUGACAAUCAUGUCCAGUGUAGAUUUUGAGGAGGCUGGCCACAAGCUGCUGAAAAUUAAGCUUGAGCCAGGGCAAGAGAUGGAGUUAUGCAUUAUGCUCUUGGAAUGCUGCAGUCAAGAGAGAACUUACCUUCGAUAUUAUGGCCUUCUGGGGCAGCGGUUUUGCAUGAUCAACAAAGUCUAUCAGGAAAACUUUGAUAAAUGCUUUGUUCAGCAGUAUUCUAUGAUCCAUCGGCUUGAAACAAACAAAUUACGUAAUGUGGCAAAGUUUUUUGCACAUUUACUCGGCACUGAUGCUCUGCCGUGGCAUGUUCUAGCCUACAUACGCUUAACCGAGGAGGACACAACCUCAUCUUCUCGUAUAUUUAUCAAGAUCCUCUUCCAGGAGCUGUCAGAGCAUCUUGGAAUCCGCAGACUGAAUGAACGGCUCUCAGAUCCUACAAUGCAGGACUCGGUUGAAUCUAUUUUCCCGAGGGAUAAUCCCAAGAACACAAGGUUUUCGAUCAACUUUUUCACUUCCAUUGGGCUUGGUGGUAUAACUGAGAAUUUGCGUGAGUAUUUGAAGAACAUGCCCCGGCUUAUCAUGCAACAACAAGAACCGGCAUCUGAAUCAGAAUCGGGUGAUGAGUCUGGGAGCUCUAGUUCAUCGGAUUCAGAAAGUGCUAGUUCAGAGUCAGAGCCGGAGUCAGAUUCGUCAAGUUCUGAUGAGGGUGAGAGGCGCAGGAAGAAGAGAAGGAAAUGAGGUAUAAUGGCUGCUGCUUAAGUGAGGUGUUUAGUAUCAAACUUGUGUAUGAUAUAUGUCUUACUUUCUGAUAUAUAUUGCAUGUGUUGUUUUUAUUCCUUUAGCGGCACUUUGGAAUGGAUAUAAGAACAAUGUAGGUGUAAUUUUGUAUUGGUUUAGAGUCGGAUGAUUAAUGACCACUGUUUUCCAACCUUUUUAAGAUUGGGAUUUGGGAUA